AUACCCCCCGUCUCUGCCUCUCGCCCCUCUCUGUCUCCGCAGCACUAUGUGAGUUACCUGAACAGUGUGCGUGUUCAGGACGUCUUCACCUCCACACACAGUCUGCUGCACUACUUUGAUCGUCUCGUCCUGUCUGGUGCGGAGGGGAAGAGUAACGGAGACGAGGGAUUCGGACGCAGCCUUCGCUACGCCGUCCUCAACCUGGCAACCCUGCACUGCCGCUUCAACCACUAUCAGCAGGCUGAUCUCGCUCUUCAGGAGGCCAUCAGAAUCGCUCAGGAAGCAAACGACCAUGUCUGCCUACAGCACUGUCUGAGUUGGCUGUACACGUUGGAGCAGAUGAAGGGAUGUGACAGUCAGGUUCUGAUUGAAGACUCUGUUAAAAUGGCCACUUAUUUCUGUUUAACAUAUUUAGCGUGUCUGGGCGUGCAGUCUCUGAUCCAGCUGGGGGCGCUGCAGGGUUGCUCAGCUGCUGAGUUGCUGGAUGCUCAGCAUGAGACGGCCAUACUGCUGUGGAAACACAGUCUGAACGAGCUGAUCGAGAUUAGUCUGGCUCAGAGCGCCUCCAUGUGGAGCAAGUACGGCAAGAGUACGAUGUCUGUGCAGCAGUCUCAGCUGCUGUUGAACAUGAACAGUUUGGAGCCGGUGAAUUUCGGCGUUCAGCAGAACAACACGGAGCCGUUCACCAUCGCACUGUGUCACCUCGCGCAGCUCCACGCCGACCAGGGUCUAUAUGCCGCUGCGAGUGACAUCAUCAGACACCUGAAGCAGCAGUUUCCUCCUCACACGCAGCACGCUAAGAUCUGGAUGCUGUGUGAUCUGAACAUUCAGUUUGAGAAAGCCAUGAAUGAUGGGAAAUAUCACGUGGCCGAGCCUCAUGUCACUGCCAUCUCCGCCCUGAACAGCACCGAGGGGCUCUACAGGAAAGCUCAGCUGUUAAAGGCUUUAAAUCGUACGUCAGAAGCUUCCAAAGUCCUGCAGCGUCUACAGCAGCUGUGUGAGAAGAACAAGAACACCGAGAUGAUCAUCAGGGUGAUGUUAGCCACAGCAGAGCUGCACUGGGUCUCGUGUGGAUUUUCAGCCGCUCUCCCGCUCCUGCUGAAGGCUUUAGCGCUCACACGGCAACACAACCUUCAGAGACUCGAGUGUAAAACUAUACUGCACCUCGCUUACACACAGCUGAUGUUGGGGAUCCCGGAGCAGGCUCUCUCGCUGGUGUGUGGUGUGUUGGAGUGUGUGUUGGCCCACGGUGCGCUGAUGGAUAAAGCUAAAGCUCUACUGCUGAUGGCUCGGUGUCAGGUGGCUCUGACUGCAUCUGCCUCGGAGGAACACAGACUCACUGCUGUAGAGUCAGCGGUACACACUCUGGAUGAGGCUGGGUUUUAUUUCUCUCAGCUGGACUGUAAGCAGCGUCUGCGUGAUGUUUAUUACCUGCAGUCUCGGCUCCACCACACGCUGGGAAACUCGGCCGAGCGCAACAAGUAUGCACUAAUGUUCCGCCUGGGGAACCAGGAGCUGCUGCACGCCCCGGCCACGCCCACCCACCACCUCUAACGCCCACCCACCACCUCUAACGCCCACCCACCUCUAACACAUGUGCUCUGACCAUGCCCACCCACCACUGUGAACCCCCACCCACCUCUAAUACAUGUGCCCUGGCCACGCCCACCCACCACCUCUAAUACACACACUGGCCACACCCACCCACUGCCUCUAAUACACACACCCCGGCCACGCCCACCCACCGCCUCUAAUAUCCACAAAACACAACUUUGUAUUGAUAAACAAA